AUGUCCAAAAUAGAAUUGGUGACAGAAAAUGUUAAUAACGGGCAUACUGGAGAGAUGGAGACAAUCCAUUAUACUCAGUCGCAGAUAGUUGGACAUGGAUCUUUCGGAGUUGUUUUCCAAACUCAAUUAGCACCUAGUAAUGAGAUUGCAGCAAUAAAGCGUGUAUUACAAGAUAAGCGCUUCAAAAACAGGGAGCUACAAAUAAUGAAAUUAGUCCAUCACCGUAACAUUGUUGACUUGAAGUAUUAUUUUUACACAAAUAAUGACAAGAACGAACUCUAUCUUAAUUUGAUUUUAGAGUUUGUUCCCGAAACGUUGUAUAAAGCCAGUCACUAUUAUGUUUCGAAGCGUUUAUCAAUGCCCCUGUUAGAAGUUAAAUUGUACACCUAUCAAAUGUUGAGAGCUUUGAAUUAUAUUCAUUCUCAAGGUAUAUGUCAUAGAGACAUUAAACCUCAAAAUUUGUUGAUAAAUCCAGAAACCGGAGAGCUAAAGCUUUGCGAUUUUGGGUCAGCGAAAAUUUUGAAUCCAGCUGAAUCAAAUGUUUCUUAUAUUUGUUCAAGGUACUAUAGAGCGCCGGAAUUGAUAUUUGGGGCUACUAAUUACACCACUAAAAUCGACGUUUGGUCUGCUGGCUGUGUCAUGGCUGAAUUGAUUUUGGGUCAACCGUUAUUCCCAGGUGAGUCUGGUAUUGAUCAACUAGUUGAGAUAAUUAAAAUUUUGGGUACACCAUCAAAAGAUCAGAUUAAGAAUAUGAACCCUAACUAUAUGGAGCACAAGUUUCCACAGAUCAAACCCAUACCUUUAUCAAAGAUCUUCAAAAAGAUGUCACAUGAUUGUAUUCAAUUCUUGUCGAAAGUGUUACAGUAUUCUCCCAUCGAUAGAUUUUCAUGUAUUGAAGGAUUAGUGGAUCCUUAUUUUGAUGAAUUAAGGAAUCCUGAGACUAAAUUGCCUAAUUAUAGAAAAUUAUUCAGUCAACAAUAUCAUCAAAAUAAUAAUCAUCCAAAUAAUGCAAAUUAUCAAAUUUAUGCGAGUCAGCCGGAUUCUAGGGAUUUGCCAGAGUUAUUUGAUUUUGAUGAAAGAGAACUUUCCGUAAAUCCAGCUUUCAACUCGACCUUGGCUCCUGAAUUUGCUAGAGAUAGACUUAAAUUGGAUAAUAAGGAUUUAGAUAGCUUUGUUCCUUUAACACCUGAACAAUUACAAGCUGCGCUUGAAUAA